GAGGAAGGCCAGUAUCGUGACAACUAUGUAACAUAGGAAACUAUAGUUGAGGGGCUGGUCUUAAAAAUUGUGUAACUUAGCUAUAUAAGCCGCUAACAUGUGUCUGUUAUGUAUUUGGAACAGUUAAAGACAAUGCGGUAUAUGGUUGUUUAAUAAGGAUAGGCUUUUUGUAAUACAUUCGGCGUAAUUUCUUAGUGACGUUUGGUAAUGCUACACCUGCAAAAUACAACAGUCUCAGCUUAUUCGUUUAAAUGAACUGUCGCAUCCUUCUAUAAAUCCGCUAUUUUAAAUAAGUGAAUGUAUUUAUUUUAUUCGAUUAUAGCGGUCUUUUAUUGUUGAAGGAUUCUUCGCUUUUUUCAGCUGUACACGUUUGUAAUGAUGGGAGUCGGUGCUGAUAAUAAAACCGCGAACACAUCUAACGUCAGUAAGUUUACAUCGCAACAGGAUGGAGAGGAAAAAGAGGAGGUAGAGCUCGCCAAAAUGACACCCGGCAGUGCUGAAAGCAUGAGCCUGGCAAAGGCUGAUCACCAGUCAACGGAACCAAGAGAAACGUGGGGUCGGCGUCUGGAGUUCGUGCUCGCCUCCAUCGGUUAUGCUGUGGGUCUGGGAAACGUGUGGCGCUUUCCGUACCUGUGCUACAGGAGCGGAGGAGGUGCUUUUUUGAUUCCCUACUUGAUUAUGUUGUUUCUCUGUGGUAUCCCACUGCUGUUCAUGGAGUUCACUGUUGGCCAGUACACCCGUCUGGGGCCGGUCCACGCUGUGGCUAAAAUAUGUCCUCUCUUCAAAGGUGUGGGGCUUGCCACAGUGGUGAUUUCCUACGUGCUCUGCACCUACUACAAUGUGCUCAUGACCUGGGCUCUCUACUACCUGCUUCACUCGUUCAGCUCCUCCCUGCCAUGGCAGUCCUGCAACAACACGUGGAAUUCAGUUGGCAACUGUUCCACUGGUUUUCCUGGCAAUGCCACACAUCUUCAAUCAGCCAGUCAACAGUUCUUUGAUCACAAGGUGCUAGAAAUGACCACAGGGAUUGAGCAUUCUGGAGGGAUUCGUUGGGAGCUCUUUGGCCUUCUAAUCCUGGCGUGGGCCAUUGUUUAUUUCUGUAUCUUUAAAGGGGUCAAAUCCACUGGAAAGGUUGUGUACUUUACUGCCACGUUCCCUUAUUUCAUACUGUUUGCAUUGCUGAUCAAUAAUGUCCAGUUGCCUGGAGCAAAAGAUGGUAUCCUCUUCUUCCUCAUGCCAAACUGGAGUAAACUCUUGGAGGUCCAGGUGUGGGUCAAUGCUGCUGCUCAGAUCUUCAACUCUAUCGGCAUCUCUUUUGGUUCUAUGAUAUCUAUGGCCAGUUACAACAAGUUCAACAACAACAUCCUCAGGGAUACAUUUAUCGUCUCUCUGGCUAAUUCAGCUACUAGUAUCGUGGCCGGGUUUGUUAUUUUCUCUGCCAUUGGGUACAUGGCCCACAUUCACAACCUGCCUGUAGAUGACAUUGCCACAGAUGGGCCUGGUCUGGUGUUUGUGGUGUAUCCUGAAGUGUUUUCCACUAUGCCAGUCUCUCAGCUCUGGGCUCCUCUUUUUUUCAUCAUGUUACUCUGCCUUGGAUUGGACAGUCAGUUUGCCAUGGUGGAAGUGGCUGUAACAUUCAUCAUGGAUGGUUUUGGCAAGAAAGUUCUGCAAGUUUUUAAGAGGAAGGAGAUCAUUGUUCUGAUGGUGUGCAGCGUUGGCUUUCUGCUGGGGAUUCCUCACAUUACCAGGGGUGGGAUAUAUGUGUUUCAGCUGAUGGAUCACUACACAGCUGUGGUGUCUCUUAUGUUUCUGGCCUUCUUCGAGGUGCUCGCCAUCACUCUUAUAUUUGGAGUGAAACGGCUCAGUGUAAUGGUGGAGAAUAUGCUGGGAAAAAAACCAAACCUCUUCUUCCGUGUCUGCUGGCAGUUCCUGUCACCCAUGCUUGUGCUGGGUAUUCUGAUCUCAAGUAUUGUUCAGUAUACUCCAGCUCGAUACGGUAAGUCCUACACAUACCCGCUGUGGGCAGAGGUGGUGGGCUGGUUCAUCUCUCUCGUCUCCAUCAUCUGGAUUCCCCUGGGGGCUGUACAUGAGCUUUGGACCACAGAAGGGUCUCUGCUGCAGAGGUUGAAAAAGUCCCUAACCCCAACUGUAGAUCUGGAGUCUGUUUCAGAGAAACCAUCUUCUGAGUCCAUUGCGCUGUUUACUGCUGCUUAGACACCUGCGUGUGUGUUAUUAGUGUGUUUACUCACUAGAAGUGCAAAGUAGCUUUGCUUAAACUGUAACAAGUAUAAUUUUAUGUUAGUGUUUAUAAUCUGUUUAUUGUAUGUGAGAUUAAUGAUGAAAAGUACAAACAUCAAAAAGGUCCCAGACUUACUACGUGGCAUUUUUAAUGAUGAUAAAUCUGUUUUUUAUUUCCUAACUGAAUUACUUUUUUAUAUGUAUUUAUUUGAUUAUUUGACAGGUUUUUUUGUGUUAAAAAAAAGAGAUGAGAGAUUUUGUUAAUAUUUUUCUUCAAGUAAAGAAAUGUAAAAUUUGACAAUCUAAUGAGAAAGAAAGGACUGGCUUUCUCUGUUAUUUAAGCUUUAAAAUAAUUAAGCAUUAAGCUUGAGCUUUGAUGGAACAUACAGUAGAGGUCAAAAGUUUUCAUACACCUUGCUGAAAAGUAAGAGGGAUCAUACAAAAUGCAUGCUUUUUUUUUUAAUUUAAUACUGACCUGAUAAGAUAUUUCACAUAAAUUGUUUACAUAUAGUCCACAAGAGAAAAUAAUAGUUAAAUUUAUGAAAAUGACCCCGUUCAAAAGUUUACAUACGCUUGAUUCUUAAUACUGUGUUGUUACCUCAAUGAUCCACAGCUGUUUGUUUUGUUUUGUUUGUUUAGUGAUAGUGGUUCAUGAGUCUCUUGUUUGUCCUGAACAGUUAAACUGCCUGCUGUUCUUCAGAAAAAUCUUUCAGGUUCCAUAAAUUCUUUGGUUAUUUUUAGCAUUUUUGUGUAUUUGAAUCUUUUCCAACAAUGACUGUGUGAUUUUGAGAUCCAUCUUUUCACAGUGAAGACAACUGUGGGACUCAUUUGCAACUAUUACAGAAGGUUAAAAUGCUCACUGAUGCUCCAGAAGGAAAUACGACGCAUUAGGAUAUUUAAGCAAAAUAAGAAAAAUGUACACAUCUUCAUUCUGUUCAAAAGUUUUCACCCCCCGGCUCUUAAUGCAUUGUGAUGUUUUUUUUUUUUU